GUUUAUUCAGAAAACACAAGUUUUUACGUAUUAAUUACAAUAUUAUUAUUUAUUUGUAUCCUUAUAAUAAUUAUUUAAGUGCAAAAUUUUCUUUUGGAGAAGGCAAUUUCUCUCGCUCAAGUCAAUGUUUGUUUACAUUUCGAUUGACGUGAAACCAAAAAUAGAAUCUUUAAAAUAAGCCGGUGAUGACCCCAAUGCUUAAAAAGAUGUUCAAAAUGGGCGAAUUUAUUGUCUUUUUCGGAAAUGAGUGACGAUGAGAGUGAUCUUGACAUUGCAGUAUCAAUUCAAGUUCCUGUGAUAAAAUCUGAUUCUGAAGCUCAAACAAGUGGUCGAAUUAUUUCAAGAUCAAGAACACCAGUUAGGUCAAAAGAAGAUACAAUGGAGAUUGAUCCACAGUCCCAGUCUAUGUCUAUUAGAAAGAGAAGAAAUUUAUCCAAAAAUAGAGGUUCAGCAACGAGGCAAAGAGAAAAAACGCCGGAACCAGGUAGAAUAUCUGUUCCUCACGAAGACACAACAUCCGAGGAUGAGGAAAUACAUCCACAACGUUCUUCACGUGAAAUUGAGGCGGAUAAUACUUAUGAAGAAAUGAAACGCUUAGUUCAAGAACAAGUGAAAGCUAAAGACCCAGUGUAUGAUAUUGAUACAGAUGAAAUACUUGAAGCCAGAGUAAUGGCGGCAAAUGAAAGAAGAAGAAGAAGUAUUUCCCCUUUUGCUUUACCGGACAAAGAUGAAAUCUUAAAAUUGGAGCGUAAAGGUAGUUUUAUUGAUCCUAGCAAUAAAUUUCUCAGUACUAAUUAUACUUUGAGUCUUAAAGAUGAAGGUUCUAGUCGUAGAGGAUCAUUGACGAUGGAAUUUCCAGAAAAUAAAGAUACAAAAACUAUGUUGUCAACACCUCCACUUUCACCAAAAGACAAAGAGAUUCCACAAUCUUUUCCUACGCCACCAAAAAAGUUAGAAGAAAUUAUUUAUCCCGAUGAAGUCACCAAAGAACCCAUAGAUACAAGUAAAAUGAUCAAAACUUCUGUCAAAAAAGAGGUUACUCCCGAAGAAAAGGAAAUUAAACAAAGUCAAAAAUCUAGAACAGUUAAAGAUCUUUCAACUCCGGGUGAACUGGUAACCAAAGUUAUAGAAGUAGAAAGAACGCCUAGUAAAAAAUUGACACAGGAUCAAAAACCCGUUGUAGAAAUAAGAGAAAGAGUUGUAAGAACACCAAGUAAAAAAUCACCCACUGAUGCGAAGUCAGUCAUAACAAAACCUACUAAACAAGUAAAUGAACCACAAAGCAAAGUGCCACCUGUAAAACCAGCGAGAAGUAAAUCUUCAUCCAGAUUCGUGAGUAAAACUAGUGAAAGUGAAAUGAGUGAAGACCAAACAUAUCAACAAAGUAUUAAUACUAAUGGAACAAGACGAAAGGUAAUACCGACUCCUCGUCGUUUCAUAAAAAACAGAUCUCCAAGAGCUAAACGCUCACAAUCAGUCAACAGAGCUGAAGAUACAAGAUUUUUUGAUCUAACAGCAACGGGGAUGAGUCAAACUAGUCAAGAAAUAAUAGAAUUAAUGCAAAAAGCUAGGGCUCGAAGUUUAUCUUUACCUAAAGAUGAUCAAAGACUGCCAUCAGAAUAUAAACGAUAUAGUAAAAUCUUACAGACUCCAAACAAAACUCCUGUGACGCUAAGACAAACCAGAGGUAUUUCAUGUCCAAAAACUAUCCAGAUUAUAAGUGAUAGAGAAAUUCUCUCAGGAUUAACGUCAAAGCCUAAAGUUAAACACGAUACCGAAAAACAAAAUAAGCGAGGCUUUGUUGAUGUAAGUCAGUCAGAGUACACGUCAAGUUGUUAUUCUAGUUCACCUAGUGAAAAUGAAUAUGAAUUUGAUUUACUAGAACGAUCAGCUGAACUAACGCGUAAACUUAAACUCUUAAGUAAUGAAAAUGAUACAAAAGAAUUUCAAAGUAAUAUCGUUAAUCAACAUAACUUAGAAAAGUAUGAAGAUAUUAUACCAAAGUCUACAUUAAGAAAACGAUCAAUAGCCGAUAAAAAUAAAGCGAAGAAAAUCGAAAAAGAAGAGUUUGAUAAAAAAGUACCUAAAGCUGAAAAAGUUAAUGAAGACAAAACAGUUAACCUAUCACCGUGGAAAUUUAUUGCCAAUUGGCGACAGUUUAAAAACGAACAUAUCGAUGAUUAUAAUAAAAUCAGAUUACUCAGAAACAGAUGUAUUUGUGAUUUAUUAUUAUUAAUAUUUAUGUGUGGAUUAGGUGGAAUGCUAUUUAAAACAUUAGAAGGAUCUUUUGAAAACGCUUAUAAAUGUGGUACUAGAAGUGUAAAAAGAGAUUUUAUUGAAACUCUUUGGCGUGAAAGUUAUCGUCUCAGAGAAGAAGAAUGGAAAUCGUUAGCUAGAAGGAAACUUCAUGAAUUUGAAGACCAAUUGCAUACAGCUCAUGAAGCUGGCGUGACAUCCUACAGUGGACAGAAAUCUUGGAACUUUAUGAACUCAUUUGUCUAUUGUUUGACAUUAGUAACAACUAUCGGUUACGGUCACAUAGCUCCAAAAACAACUUACGGACGAGUGGCAACAAUUGGAUAUGCUAUUAUUGGCAUCCCUCUUUUCUUGAUUGUACUUGCUGACUUUGGAAAAUUAUUUACCAGAAUUAUAAAAUUCUUUUGGGCUUUUAUACGUAGAUUUUACUAUACGAGAAGUUGUAAAAGAGUCAGAAGAACAGAAACUAUGCAGGAAGUCAUGAAAGGUCUGAAUAUAGUUUACGACGUAGUACGUCGUCCUUCUCAAAUAUUUAAUGAAGAAGACGUAGAAGGUUCAAUGCAUGAAGGUGUGCCACCACCGGUUGUAAGAAAACCAAGUGAUGUCCCACCUCCUCUACCACCGAAACCUGGAACUUUAAGAGAAAUUGAAAUCGACACAGAACCAGAUACACCCGCGCCAUCAGUGUUCGAAAUAGACGAUGAGUUCAAUCUACCUAUAUCCGUAGCUAUAUUUAUUUUGGUUGUUUACAUAAUUAUUGGUGCAGUUGGCUACAAUUUUUGGGAGACUUGGAACUUCUUCGAAUCCUUCUAUUUUGUUUUUAUAUCUAUGUCCACCAUUGGUCUUGGAGAUUUAGUUCCCGAUCAUCCUAUGUUCAUGAUGGCGUCAAUAUUGUACCUUGUAUUUGGUCUAGCUCUUACGUCUAUGUGUAUAAAUGUCGUUCAAGUAAAAUUAUCUGAUACAUUCAAACAAGCAAGUGCAAAACUUGGUGCAACUAUUGGCCUUAAAGUGGCCGAAGAAGAUGGUAGUUUGGUACCAAUUACACCACCUCCAAUAGAAGUGCCUGCAGUUCACAAAUCCAAAUCAGAAAUAGAAGACAUUAAAAGUAAAGAAGAUUGUGAUGCUAAGACAAGAUAAGUAGUUGUGAAGUCGGUUGUUAUAUGAGUAGACGUGUGAAUAUUAUAACAUACGUAUAAGUGAUACUGUUAAUUUUAUUAUUAUUAUUUAUGAUUUUUUUUAUAUAAUUUUAUACAAAACUUUAUAUUGAUGUUUGUUGCUGUGUGUAAAUAAAGAUUUUUACAUUUA